AGGAACGGAAGCCGAGAGGGAACCAGGGCGGAAGGGGCCAGGCCAAGCUUGUGUUCGGCACCUUGGCCGGGCUGGGGUUCCGAUGUGGUCCCCGGAGCGGGAGGCCGAAGUCCCGGCCGGGGGAGACCCGGCGGGCCUACUGCCCCCCGAGUGGGAGGAGGAUGAAGAGCGCAUGUCCUUCCUGUUCUCUGCUUUCAAAAGGAGUCGCGAGGUGAACAGCACCGACUGGGACAGCAAGAUGGGCUUCUGGGCGCCGUUGGUGCUGAGCCACAGCCGCCGCCAGGGGGUGGUGCGCCUGCGUCUGCGGGACUUGCAGGAGGCCUUUCAGCGCAAGGGCAGCGUCCCGCUGGGGCUGGCCACGGUGCUGCAGGACCUGCUGCGUCGAGGAGAGCUGCAGCGGGAGUCUGACUUCAUGGCCAGUGUAGACAGCAGCUGGAUCUCCUGGGGGGUCGGAGUCUUCCUGCUGAAGCCCCUCAAGUGGACUCUCUCCAACAUGCUUGGGGAUAAUAAGGUUCCUGCAGAGGAGGUGCUAGUGGCUGUGGAGCUGUUGAAGGAGAAGGCUGAGGAGGUGUAUCGUCUGUAUCAGAACUCCCCUCUCUCCUCGCACCCUGUGGUGGCCCUGUCGGAGCUGAGCACCCUCUGUGUCGGCUCCUGUCCCGAUGAGAGGACCUUCUACUUGGUGUUGCUGCAGCUGCAGAAAGAGAAGAGAGUCACAGUCCUCGAGCAGAACGGGGAGAAGAUUGUAAAGUUUGCCCGGGGGCCACACGCCAAGGUCUCUCCUGUCAACGACGUCGAUGUUGGGGUGUACCAGCUGAUGCAGAGUGAACGGCUGCUCUCACGCAAAGUGGAGUCCUUGUCCCAGGAAGCGGAGAGGUGUAAAGAAGAAGCCCGCCGGGCAUGCCGAGCAGGAAAGAAACAGCUGGCACUGAGGUCUCUCAAGGCCAAACAACGGACAGAGAAGCGCAUCGAGGCCCUGCAUGCCAAGCUGGACACUGUUCAAGGCAUCCUGGACCGGAUCUACGCCUCACAGACGGAUCAGAUGGUUUUCAACGCCUAUCAGGCCGGGGUAGGAGCCCUCAAACUCUCCAUGAAGGAUGUCACAGUGGAGAAGGCAGAGAGCCUCGUGGAUCAGAUCCAAGAGCUGUGUGACACCCAGGACGAAGUUUCUCAGACUCUGGCUGGCGGGGUAACCAAUGGCUUAGAUUUUGACAGCGAGGAACUAGAGAAGGAACUGGACAUCAUUCUUCAGGAUACCACCAAAGAGCCUUUGGAUCGGCCUGACCACCCGCACGAGAAGUUCUACACCAACAGUGUGCCUGUCCCUAGGAUCUCGGACGCUGAGCUUGAAGCUGAACUUGAAAAAUUGUCCUUAUCAGAGGGAGGUUUGGUCCCAAGCAGUAAAUCUCCAAAAAGGCAAUUGGAACCAACUCUCUAAAGCCAUUGUAGGACCCCUCAAGUGAAGGACCCUCAUCUAAAAGAGAGACCAGGCUUGUAUGUGUGUACAUAGUUGUUUGAAGAAGAAACUCUCAGAAUUUGUUGAGAAGAGGAGGAAGGAGAACCACUCUGAUUUACCUGGGUGCCACCACUUACUAGGGGACAGACACAGCUUCUGCAAGUGGGCUCCAGACUUCCCAUCUUCAUAGUGCCACAACUUGCACAGUUCCGUGUGUCACCUGUCGCCUCCCAUAGCCUGCGGUUUUUGCCGUUGGCUCAGUUAGGUUCGUCUUCACCCACCAGCUUUGUUCCAGCCAGUGGAGGUGAAAGCUGCAGCUUUGCUAAGGGAAAAUCAGUCCUCUUCCCCAACCCCACUGUUUCUUAGAGGGAUGUGCUCUGUCUGUUCGGCCAGGUGAACAGCUUGUUCCAGUCCCACUCCACUUCCACUGGUGGUGAGAAGGAUGAGACUCAAACAGCUGCCACUUCACGCAGAAACGUGAAAGGUUUUUCUCUCGGCUCAUCUGUCAGAUUCUCCAGGUGUUCAAAGCCACCCUGAGCGGCUUCGAAUCAUGACAUCUGGAGGGGGCUCGUGUGGUUGGUGGGCGCUGCUGCCCCUUCCACCGGCUGCAGAUCUGACUGGAGAAAGGGUUAUUCUUGGAAUUUUGAACUUGGGGGGUGGGAAAGGCCAGGUGACUGCAGGGCUCCAAGUGUCCAAACCCGUAUGCUUUUUUAAACAGGCAUAAUCGCCACCUUGCCCCACCAUGAAUUAACUUAAACAUAACUUCAACAUCUAGUAUCAGAAGAAGCCACACAGCAACACACCUCCCCUUCUGGAGCCAGGCACACACCAACAGGCUCCUUGUGUGAAUUUCAGAAGCAUUUUGCUCUGUGCCCACUGCUCAGAGCCGAUGACCUAAGCCAGGCUGUGCAAUAGAAGCAGGAGAUCGGGGCCUGCUGCCGGCUCUGCCGCGUGCCUCCCGGUCCUGCUCUCUAGCUGUCCUGUGUCCUCGGGCCCUGUCAUCUUAUCUCCUUUGAUGGGGGAGGAUGGCGAAGUGGGACAGACUGGAGAGAGCGACUGCUGUGGCAACAGGGAGGAGAGAAGGUGACAGCCACACUGCCACCACAGCACAAGUUCUGCUGCUUGGAGCCCGUUCCUGGCCUCCCGCUGGAGGAGGUGUGGGGCAGAGGGGAAGGGUUCGCUCCCGGCCAGGAGCUCAAGUCACUUUCAACAAACUUUCCUCCCACUGGACCUGGGUCAACUGAAACGUUGGGGGUGAAGAAAAACAAUCACUAUUUUUUCUUUUUUAUCUGGUAAAUAAUUAAAAGAAAAGCCCGAGUGCUUGUCCUUACCCCUUCUUUAAGCUGCAUAAAGGCUCUUGCUCCUUCGUGCCUCA